GUUUAUCAAAUCAACUUCGAUUCCCACAGAUAACGAUCCUAGGAAUUGUUCUGAACGUUGUUCAGAUUCUAGUGAGUGUAAAUCUUUUCAGUAUUGUUCAGAUUCUGGAUCAUGUACAUUGGAAAGUUAUUAUACUGACUCAUCAACUGAUUUCUCUCCUAAUUGUGACAUUUACGUUCCAAAAGUAAUCGACAAAUUUAGAAUGACGGGUAAACAGAUAAUUUCGGACACAUUUCAUACCGAAUUAAGUGUAACUGUGGAUCAAUGUGCUGCUCUUUGUUAUGAUUGGAGUGAAGAAGAAAAUUCGAAAUCAUGUUUAUCAUUUAACUUUUGUUCUGCAAAUGGGAGAACCUCGAGCAUUUGUCUUCUUUCGAGAUACGAUUUCGACGAUGUUUCCAAGAACAGUGGUGAAGUAAAAUUAAUCCACGAAGAUGGUUGUCGUAACUACAAUCGAAUUAAAAAGAAAACAGAAUCAGGAACAAUCAAAAGUUCAAUUGUAUUGAGAAGCUCUUUUAAUUUGUCAGGAUCACUUUUCAUUGUAUUUUUGUUCAUAAUCUCUGGUCUUAUAAUUGGAUUUAUCGUAAAUAUAAUUUACACCAAAGUCAUGAAACGAAAAUCGGCUGAUAAAUCGAUCUUAUCCACAUUUAAUUCAGUUGGACAUAAUCAAUAACACAUUCAGUUGGACUCGACAAUUUAACGAUGAAAGACAAUCAACUUUUCGACAAUCGGCAAUUACAUUACAAGAAAAUUAUGAAUCUGAUUCAGCUUGAGGAUAAUCAAACUCUUGAAAUGUUGUAAUGACCACGAAAACUUAAAUUGAAAAUAAAGAUGAUAAAUUCCAAGUUAAAA